AUGGAGCUAAAGAUUCCAAAGAAGAGUGGCUCGGCUGAGCCGCUGCCGUCGCCAGUCGAUACCGCCCCCAAAAGGCGCACUCCUAGGGUCCUAACAACUCGCUCCAACCCUCUCGCCAUAGAGGGAUGCUCGGUUUUCGGAGUUUCGAACUCCGCUGCAACUGUAAGUGGCGCGGUUGAGCGUUUGGUGAGGGAGAGCAUGGCAUGCACUCGUGAUCCACUCUCCGUUCGAUGCGUCUUUCACAUUGGGCGGCUGAUGGGUCUCACGCAGAACCGCGACAUCGUCCUCCCCGUCGAGACUGAGUGCGUGCUCGACAACAAUGAUUCGAAGGUGGCCUUCAUACCGGAGGUGCCUCCGACGUGCAUUAACGCACUGUACAUGGACAUGUUUACCAACCAGGCUGGUGGUCACCGGCUCGCGCCAGACUCCGACCACGUCGAGGUGGAAAUAGUAUCGUCGUCUAACGUGGACCAGCGCACCCCGGGGGACGCUUUGGAGGGCUUCCACCACACCCGGAUAUACCGGGUGCCGUACAGCACCGACGAGGGCCUGCGCCUUUCCGAGAUGCAGUGCUGUGAUCAUAACGUGCUGAACACCAUGCACGUCUAUCGGCCGCAAUCGCAAUACCACUAUCGGCUCCAGACAUCCUCAGCCGUCGCUAAAGAAGAUGAAAGCGAUGGCGUCGGCCUGGGCAUGACCCUGAAGUUGUGCUUCCGAUACAUGCGCAACUACAAGACGACUGCCGUGAGUGAAGAGAAACUCGUCAGGUGGGAGCUGAACAUCGUCGACCACUGGGACGUUGUUCUGAACGACGAAAUGACGCAGCUGCCCAUCGAGCGGCUUUUUGAGUGUUUCACGACGUGCCUGGUCAGCAAGCACUCAGACAUGUCGGCCUUCCCGUUUUUCGACCGCGAGGUUGUUGAGGACGGGCGUCGCCACUAUGUGCAGCUAUCUGUGCACGGUUCCCAGCUGGGUAAACAGUUUCAGCGGUUGACGGAGUGCAAGGCAAAUCGGUUCGGCUACAUAGUGUCGCUGGUGCACAGCAACCUCCGCAUGAUCCUCGACAGCUUCGACUCGAUGUCGGUGGAUGAGGUGCCCACUGCCGACUUUUACCCUAAUCUUUUCGGUGACACUGCCGAGGCCGUGCAGUUCCACUACGACACGCGCAAGCUGGUGCGCCAAAAGGGCUCGGCCAUCGAAGCGCUCCGGCGCCACAACAACCUGGUGAAACGUGUGAUGAUCGCGUGCUACGUUCGGCGCAAAGACACCGUCCUGGACCUCGCCUGCGGGCACUGCCAGGACCUGGAUAAGUACGCUACCGUGGGCAUAAGUCACGUGAUGGGCAUCGACAUAUCGCUGUCCGAGAUUAUGGAGGCCCGCCGCCGCUACUCUGAGCAGUUGCGCGGUCGCCGUUUCCGUUUCAAAGCGGAAUUCCAUCAUGGCAACCUGCUGGACGACAGGGUGUACGCCACGUAUGUGAGGAACAAGAAGUUCGACGUGGUGUCCAUGCAGCUGGCCAUCCACUACAUAAUCUCCGACGAGGCCAGCGCGAGCAUGAUGCUGCGCCACAUCCACCAGGCGCUGGGUGAUAAGGGGAUUUUCAUUGGCAGCACUGUGUGCUGCAAUGCCAUCGCAAAGGGCCUGAUUGCCAACCCGCCGCAUCAAACGUCGGACGAUGCGGGGCAACGAUGGGACUUCGGCAAUUCCAUCUUUAGGGUCACCAUGGAAGAUGCGUCGAUGGAAAAACUGUUCGACGCCGCCACUGGUCAACCGUACCCGCCUGAUGCGCUCAUCAGCCGCUUAGAGAACCAAUGGGGUCUGAAGUAUCACUUCUUUUUGAUGGAGUCCAUAGACGCGAGCGAGUACGUCGUCCCGUGGAGGUCGUUCGCCGAGCUGUGCACCCGCCUCGGCUUCCGCCUACUGGAGACGUUCACGUUUCCGGAAUACAUGGAGCGCGCUCCCGCGCUGUUCAGGAAGCUGGAAAGCUCUCUAACGGCUAAUGUGUUGGAGAAUGUGUUGCAUCACCUCCGCGUGAUGUCUACUGUGGAGAUGUCCACGGAGCAGCGGGAGGCGUUCAUGCUGUACCGCAUCUUCGUUUUCGAGAAGGUUACUGGACGCGACAGGCUGUAUAUGCAGGGCGUGAAAAUACGCCGUUCGUCCUGA